UCUGUGAGGCUGCGCAGAGUCCGACUUUAAAGGAGGCGGAGCUUUGUCUUUCGCCCUCAAGAAAGACAGUGGGACCGGCGAGUGACGGCAGCAAAAGGCGAGCCUGAGCCCUGACAGGGCUUUAGGCUUUUGCUUUUUUAUCCCAACAAAUCAACCCCCAAAAGAGGAGAAAAUGGCUUCCGAAUCGGAAACUUUGAACCCCAGCGCUCGAAUAAUGACCUUUUACCCCACCAUGGAAGAGUUCCGGAACUUCAGCAGAUACAUUGCUUAUAUUGAAUCCCAAGGAGCUCAUCGGGCUGGGCUAGCCAAGGUCGUUCCUCCCAAGGAGUGGAAGCCACGAACAUCCUAUGACGAUAUUGAUGACCUCGUCAUCCCUGCACCCAUCCAGCAGCUGGUGACUGGUCAGUCUGGACUCUUCACUCAGUACAACAUACAGAAAAAAGCCAUGACUGUUCGUGAGUUCCGAAAGAUCGCCAAUAGUGAUAAGUACUGUACCCCACGAUAUAGUGAAUUUGAAGAACUUGAGCGUAAAUACUGGAAAAACCUCACAUUCAAUCCCCCCAUCUAUGGUGCAGAUGUGAAUGGUACUCUCUAUGAAAAGCAUGUUGAUGAGUGGAAUAUUGGCCGGCUGAAGACCAUCCUGGACCUGGUGGAAAAGGAGAGCGGCAUCACCAUUGAGGGCGUGAACACCCCAUACCUGUACUUUGGCAUGUGGAAGACAUCGUUCGCCUGGCAUACGGAAGACAUGGACUUGUACAGCAUCAACUACCUGCAUUUUGGAGAGCCCAAGUCUUGGUAUUCUGUUCCACCUGAGCAUGGGAAACGCCUGGAACGUCUUGCCAAAGGCUUUUUCCCGGGAAGCGCUCAGAGCUGUGAGGCCUUUCUGCGGCACAAGAUGACCCUGAUUUCCCCGUUAAUGCUGAAGAAGUACGGCAUUCCCUUCGACAAGGUGACCCAAGAGGCUGGCGAGUUUAUGAUCACUUUCCCUUACGGUUACCAUGCUGGCUUCAACCAUGGCUUCAACUGUGCUGAGUCUACCAAUUUUGCUACCCGUCGGUGGAUUGAGUAUGGCAAGCAAGCUGUGCUGUGCUCCUGCAGAAAAGAUAUGGUGAAGAUCUCCAUGGACGUGUUUGUGAGGAGGUUCCAGCCCGAGCGCUAUAAGCUUUGGAAAGCUGGGAAGGACAGCACCAUUAUCGACCAUACUCUGCCCACUCCAGAAGCUGCCGAGUUUCUGAAGGACAGUGGACUGCCCCCAAGAACUGGGGACGAGGAGUGCCCAGAGGAGGACAUGGAAGGGGUCGAGCAGGGAGAGGAGGGAGAUGUAAAGAGAAGCUUGGCCAAGCACCGAAUAGGGACAAAGCGACACAGAGUCUGUCUUGAAAUACCACAGGAGGUGAGCCAGAGUGAACUCUUCCCCAAGGAAGAGCUGAGUUCUGGACAAUAUGAGCUGACAGAGUGCCAGGCCACCCUCGCCCCAGUGAGACCCACCCACAGCUCCGUGCGGCAGGUUGAGGAUGGCCUUCCUUUUCCAGAUUACUCUGACCCCACUGAAGUCAAAUUUGAAGAGCUGAAGAAUGUCAAACUGGAAGAGGAGGAUGAGGAGGACGAGCCUGAAGCAGCCGCGCUGGACCUCUCUGUGAAUCCUGCAUCCAUAGGAGGACGCGUUGUCUUCUCGGGUUCCAAAAAGAAAUCCUCUUCCAGCCUGGGCUCCAGUUCAUCUCAGGAUUCAGUUUCUUCAGAUUCUGAAACCAGCGAGUCUGUCUCUUGCCAAGGCCAAGAGAAAACAGGAGUUCUCACUGUGCACAGCUAUGCCAGAGGGGAUGGCCGGACCACCACAGGAGAGCCGAGUGUGAAGAAGAAGCGCAGCGCCCCACGAAGCAUCAGUGAGCAGGAGCUGGCAGAGGUUGCGGAUGAGUACAUGCUUUCCCUGGAGGAGAAUAGGAAGACCAAGGGUCGCCGCCAGCCCUUAAGCAAGCUCCCGCGCCAUCACCCGCUCGUGCUGCAGGAGUGUGGCAGUGAUGACGAGACUUCUGAACAGCUGACCCCUGAGGAAGAGGCUGAGGAGACAGAGGCUUGGGCCAAACCUCUGAGCCAGCUGUGGCAGAACCGACCCCCGAACUUUGAGGCUGAAAAGGAGUUCAAUGAGCUCAUGGCCCAGCAGGCUCCCCACUGUGCUGUCUGUAUGAUCUUCCAGACAUACCACCAGGUGGAGUUUGGAAGCUUUACUCAGACCUGUGGGAAAGCUUCGGAAGCAGCUGCUCAGACUCAGAGGACCAAGCCAUUGAUCCCAGAAAUGUGCUUUACCACAACUGGCUGCAGCACGGACAUCAACCUUUCUACCCCUUACCUGGAGGAGGAUGGCACCAGCAUGCUAGUGUCCUGCAAGAAGUGCAGUGUCCGGGUACAUGCCAGUUGCUAUGGGGUGCCCCCCACAAAGGCUUCUGAAGAAUGGAUGUGUUCUCGAUGUUCGGCCAAUGCUCUGGAGGAAGACUGCUGUUUAUGCUCAUUGCGUGGAGGGGCCCUGCAGAGAGCAAACGAUGACAGAUGGGUCCAUGUUUCAUGUGCUGUGGCAAUUCUAGAAGCAAGGUUUGUCAACAUCGCUGAAAGAAGUCCAGUGGAUGUGAGCAAAAUCCCUCUGCCCCGCUUCAAGCUGAAGUGCGUCUUCUGUAAGAAACGGAGGAAAAGGAAUGCUGGCUGCUGUGUGCAGUGUUCGCACGGCCGCUGCCCCACCGCCUUCCACGUGAGCUGCGCCCAGGCUGCCGGGGUGAUGAUGCAGCCCGAUGACUGGCCUUUUGUCGUCUUUAUCACCUGCUUUCGGCACAAGAUCCCCAAUUUGGAGCGUGCUAAGGGGGCCUUGCUGAGCAUCACGGCCGGCCAGAAGGUCAUCAGCAAGCACAAGAAUGGGCGUUUCUACCAGUGUGAGGUGGUCAGACUCACCACCGAGACCUUCUAUGAAGUCAACUUUGAUGAUGGCUCCUUCAGUGACAACCUUUAUCCCGAGGACAUAGUGAGUCAGGACUGUCUCCAGUUGGGGCCUCCUGCUGAAGGCGAAGUGGUUCAAGUGAGAUGGACAGAUGGUCAAGUCUAUGGGGCUAAGUUUGUGGCCUCCCACCCCAUCCAGAUGUACCAGGUGGAGUUUGAGGAUGGCUCACAGCUUGUGGUUAAGAGAGACGAUGUAUACACACUGGAUGAAGAGCUUCCCAAGAGAGUCAAGUCUAGACUGUCGGUAGCUUCAGACAUGCGCUUCAAUGAGAUUUUCACAGAGAAGGAAGUAAAGCAAGAAAAGAAAAGGCAACGGGUCAUCAAUUCAAGGUACCGGGAGGAUUACAUCGAGCCAGCGCUAUACCGGGCCAUCAUGGAGUAGAUGCUUCCUAGAUCUAAGAGGUUCCCAGCCAUCAAGGCGAGAGCACUCGAGGGUUCCACAGCACAGCAGAUACUUGGAACU